GCAGCGCUGCCGGAUUGAGGAAGCUGACGACGGUGCAACAUGUGGGCAACACACUUUAUAAAGCUCAUAAACUUGUAGGCUGAUGUGUGCAGCUACCACUUUGGAUUCUGUACCGCCGCUUCCCUCGGCAAGAGGCACCAGCAGGCUGAGCACUGAGACCUGCUCUCUGGGAUGGAGCACCUACGCCUGCAAGACAUGAAAGGCUUCCUGUUCCUCACGCUCCUCCUGAUGCCCGUGCAGGCUGGAGCAGCCUGGAGUGCGAAAUACGCAGUGGAUUGCCCCGAGCCGUGUGAGAGCAACGCGUGCAAGGGCACAGCGCGCUGCAAGCGCACGGUGCUGGAUGACUGCGGCUGCUGCCGGGUGUGCGCAGCUGCGCUGGGGGAGACUUGCUACCGCACGGUCUCGGGCAUGGAUGGUGUCAAGUGUGGUCCUGGGCUGAAGUGCCAGUUUUACACUGAGGAGGAUGACUUUGGUGAUGAAUUUGGUAUCUGCAAAGAGUGUCCCUAUGGUAGCUAUGGAAUGGAGUGCAGGAAAACCUGCAACUGUCCCUCUGGCAUCUGUGACAGAGUAACAGGGAAGUGUUUGAAGUUCCCGUUUUUUCAACUGUCUGCUUCAAAGCCUCCAAACCGACGAAAAAUAUCUUCACACACAGACAAUGACAUGGCAUCAGGGGAUGGAAAUUCUGUAAAAGAGGAAUUCAUCAAAGAGAAAGUUAUUCGCUCUCCAGUAAUGAAAUGGCUAAAUCCUCGCUGAUAUUUACUUACUCUUUUAAGACUUUCAAGUGAAUGCAUUUCUCACAGAUUAAUGAAUAUGCAACAACACACUUUAAGAACAAAGUAGAUCUAUAAUGUAUGAAUAUGUAAUGUCUGAAGCUCAAAUGUGAUCUGUUUUUAAUGAGAAAAAUGUUUACUUAAAAAUAGACUGUACAGUGUAUAUGACUUUUCAUAUUUGUUUUGAUAAUUAUUUGAACAGAGAAAUGUAUUGUGGAUUUUUGAAUGUAUAGUUACACUGAAAACCCAACAUGAUCAUUUAAAUAAUGCCAGAGGCUGAAUCUUGCCAGCCUGAGGCUGGGAAAGCUCUCACUGAAUGAAGAGGACGGUUUGGGUGAGUGAUACUUUUCAUGUGGAACCAUCAUGAAAGAAACACACAUAAACAGCACCUCAGAUGGAAGGAACACCCCCGUUCAAUAACAAUAAUAACAACAAAAGCACAAUAGUGUAAAUUAAAUAAACCAACAUUAGUUCUUAACAAUUUUCUAGUUUUUGGAAGCUUGGUGACAAUUCCCCAGAGAUAAAUACACCUUUCUUCAGAGAGAAAACACCCAGCACUUCAGUUUAUACAUUGUGAAUAACUUAGGCAAGACACUGCAGACAUACAUUGUAUUUAGUUGAAUUUCUAAAGUCAAAUUUUGUACAGAGAAACAGCAGAUUGGUAAAUUCUACCAAUUUGUAGAAGGGGAUCUGAAACAAAAGAAGCUGCUUAUCAUAAUUUAAAUAUAUAUGUUUCUAUAAACCAGCUAGUUGGUGUAAUUAAGGCAAUAUAUGCACUUCUUUGGAAAGAGUGGUGAGAGGCCAGCAAAGAAACCUUCAUGCUUUCCAUCUUCACUGCUGGCUAUGGCCCAGGUGUGACUCACAGAGAGUUUAUUUGAUCCAGAGAAGACUUGGACCCUCAGCAAGUGACAGUGCAGCCACAGACUACAGUAUUUUGGUACCCAGUCCUUUGCUUCUCAAUUGCAUGAGCAAGAGGUGCCAUUUCAGCCAGGAGAAAAACCUAUAUGCCUUAGAGUGUUGCAGGAAUAGGCAGUCUUUCAUUCAGUCUAAGCCGGAUGAUAUAAGUGUAAGUCAAAAAUUACCACUGAGAAGGGCUUGUUAAUAUGUCUGAAAACAACCAGAUCCACAGAUAAUGAAAAUUGAUGUUGCAAUGUCAGAGUGAACCUGAAUGCCACAAGUUUAGAAAUAGCCUUGUAACACAGUGCAUUCUCAUUGGAAGUGUGGCUUGAUUUUAACAUUUCCUUUGAAAUCAACCUUUGAGCUUUGACAACGACUGCAGUGAAAGAAGGAACACACAGUACAGUACCCGGAGAUAGUUUGGGAUCUGAAAGCAUACAUUUAAAACUAUGAACAACAUAAACUUUAAUGUCCUUAAAGAGAUCCAAAGUCAACAUCUGUGAAAGCAGGUCACCUGAGAAAGCAGGUAUGAAUCAUGCUGAUCUGCAGCAAGAGGAUGAUGAGAGAAGACAUCCAAAUGUCAGGAGGAACAUACAGAUUCUCUUGCCGUGAUUGGAGACAUACAAACAUAAAUCUCAAACUAGCAUAAUACCACAUUUUAACUGUAUUGAAUGUUAGGGUCUGAGAGGGAAUAAUGUU